UUGCCAUCGUCCAGGACGGAUGAUGCGUCCAAACUGAUAGGUCUUCUAAUUUACUUACCAGUCUUUCAUGCUCAGUUGCCGUUUCCGUUCUCUCUCUUUUUCCCUCAUCUCCUGCCCGCACUCUUUAUCAUGUUUCCGUCCAAGAGACUCUAUUUGCGAGACCUUCCCGAAACUGCCUCAGAGGACGAAAUCGAGGCGUUCCUCGCACCCUACGGUAAAGUAACUGAAGUAAAGAUCGUGUCGGGACACACCUAUGGCUUUGUCGAAUUCGCGUCUCUCGACGACGCGAGAACCGUACUGAAAACGUUCAAAGAAAAGGACUUUCUCGGUAGACGCAUCAUUAUUGAAUUUGCGCACCCGUUGCGCAAGGACGUAGCAGCUCUCGCCGAUGCCAAUGAUUUUGUCAGGCAUGAACGUGCUUCAAGAGGUGUCAUGCGAUUUCCAGUCACUGUUACCGGCAUUCCUCGUCGCAUUUGUUGGCAGGAACUCAAAGAUUUCGGGAGACUUUCAGGGCAGCAUGUCGUGUACUGCGAUAUCGACAGGAAUAACCAUACCAGAGGAUUCAUAGAAUUCUCCUCUUUUGACAAAGCAGAAAUAGCAGUCGAAAAACUCAACGGGCAAAUCCUGGGAGGUGCACCAGUCAAAGUCUAUAUCAAAAAGCCGUCCUAUCUUAGGGAAGCAAAGGAAGUUUCCUACUCGCGAAGUUCUUCUCCUGUACGGCGUCACCUCGCAUAUCUGGGCAGGGACGACAGACGUAGGGCGGCUCGUUCUCCGGGCGCCAACCGCACCCUUCCAAUGCGCUAUCCCUCCCCCAUUCACUCAUAUCCCUCCUGUUCAUCGUAUAACACGGACCAAGGACCGUACUUGCCUCGCAUUCAGGACCGAUAUCCCGUCCUGGAAUAUUCCAGAGAGUGGUGUUGUGCAUACCGACAUGAAGGACGAGACGAACCAUGCCGUGAUUAUGACUACGAUUACAACUACGACCAUUACCACCACACCGCUUCACAUCCUCCUGCGGAUUAUUAUUAUCUAUCUUCAGACUACGACGACGCCGAAUAUCGUCGGUGGUACAAUGACUCCAGAUACGCAUAUCAUUGAUUCUUCCCUCGUAUUAAUUGCUAGAACUCACUCAUCGAAAUGGUUUCCUCGUUGUCUUUCAUCACGUCAGGAAUUCGCAUCAUACUUCACGAUUGGACUCGGAAUUGUAAAGCUAAAUCACAGAUUUUUUUCAUUAUGCGUA